AUGAGUGAUAUGGGAGAAUGUGAUGGUGGUGUGGGUGGUGGUGAUGGUGGUCGUGGUGGUGGUGGUCGUGUGGGAAAUAUGCUGAGGCGACAAAUGCGAAAGCCAUCAAGCACUCCUGAAAGCUAUUUGUCCAAUAGGGAAUUCGAUGUUGAUUGGCGUCAUGGUCUUCGUGACCUCCUUCGAGUUCAGGUGGCUUCCCCCUCUGGCUAUCACCUGGGUAAGGGUAAAUAUAGCGACCGUUAUUGUCCCAACAAUUAUUGUCAUAACAGUUUGGAUAGGUAUUUUGGCAAUCCGAAUCGCAGGGUCUUCCCCACGGGUCAUAAUAAUCGUAAUAAGAUUGAUCACCGUAUGGGCAAUAGUAAUGUUGCCCAUUAUUCUGAUCUCCCCAAUAAUAUUGUUGUUGAUUGGCCGUUGUGGUGA